AUGAAAAGCGCCGCUUCGGCGCCCGGGGAUUACGUCUACUUCAGAUCUCAGGUUCCGCUCCACAGGAUUUCGGUAAGUUCUUUCUUCUCUCACUUGCAUUAGCCGAAGCAGCGGUUGGGUUUUGGGAAUUCAUGUGAUACGGUGUGUGGGCCGAACUUCCAACGCGGAGCUGAUCUCUCUGCGUCGUGAUCUGAGUUCAUCGUUGCAUCUUUCUACAAUUUGCCGGAGGUCUUCUUGCCGCCGUCGAUCGUUGAUCCAAGAGUGCGAGUUCAGAGGGGGGGGAUUUUUGUCUCAGUAAGAGUAAGUUGGAAUUGCAGAUAGCGUACAUAGUUGUGAUAAGCUGCUGGGAGGGAGAGCAUUUUCUUUUCUCUCACUGACCAGUUAUAAAUGCUACCACCUACUGGUCCUCUCACGGACCAGUUGAGAAUUCUUGCGUCUUUUACCCAUGGAUUGUUUUCUGCGUCUUGAUUAAAUCUAGUGAUUGAGCCGAAGCAGUUUCAUGUGACCGCCUGGUAGUUGAUACUAGCUCACGAUCUUAUCUGUAUCUGUUACAUGUGGAUCGUGAAUAAAAUUCUACAAGAGGUUCGAGUGAAUCCUGAGCAUCAUGGAGAAGAUGUUUGAUGUUGAUUACUACAUGUUGUGGAGUUGACAUACUGAUGAGUGUAGCAUUCUCUUUUUUUGAUGACGGUUCUGUGUAUUAAAUGUCAGAAUCUUUGGGUUAGUGGGGCUCUCAACAUGGCACAUUGCAGACGUUCGGUGUCCUGCUAUUCUUCCUAUGAGUGCUAUGAUUUUAAACAAUCUUAGGCACAACUACGGAACCUAAUCAACAUACUAUGUUGUAGACAGGCACCAUCAGAGUUGGCUUUGUCAGCCCCUAAUCAUCUGCUAACUGAGACUAUAACAAUUAAAAAUUUGAGAGUAAUUUUGGAAAAAAUAUUGCGAAAUACUGACCUAAUCAUAACCAAAUCAAUAGAAAGACCAUCCAGUAUAACACAUCUGCAAAAUGUGUAAUACUAUUAUUGAGCAUAAAGUGUUUAAGAUAUUCUAAUCAGUAUGCCAUACUACGUUACAAUCAUGCAACGGAAAAUUUCGGUUGAUGUGGGUCCAUAAAUGCAUUAAAUACCAUAAAAGGAAUGCUCGUGGAUAGCUCUGGUCCGGACUAAAGUUACCCUUUUUGUCGUUAGGUCCAGCCAGCAGCCAACAAUAGUAUUGUACUCUGGAUUUAGACUUAUUUCUUUUCUCUAUGUUGAUGUGGAGUCAUCCUGCAUAUGUGGGAUCUUCUUGGUUGUAUUUUUGAUAAAAAAAAAACUAAAGGGACAUGGAUCAUCCGUUGAAUUAAACUGUCAGAAAAUUUCCAAGAUGCCAUUCAGGUAUCUGUCCUACGAGUUACAAAUAUUUGAGGACAGUAGUGUGUCAUUGCCAGAUACAUUAAAGCAGGAAGAUCUUUGGCAUUGACAUGGUCCAACUAUUUUUGCCCCACAGAAAGGGCUGACAGACGCAAAAUGAUCGAAUUAUGGUCAAGGAAUGCUGUGAUGAGGACCAGUUAAUGGAGAUAAAACAUUGAAAUGGGUUAUGGUAGUAUGACAUCUCUUGGCAUGAUGUUUUGAAAGAGCAUUUCAUGUGCUUCUUUAUGUUCACUGUAUCUCUGUGGGCUACUAGGUGUAUGAACGUUGAUGUGCAUGUUGAAGAAUAAAUAGCUGAUACUUUUGAGUGCCUUUCAACUGCUUAAACUUAUUUUAUCGAAUUAUCGUGAUGUCACUGUCAUUGUCAGUAUUUGUCAUAUCAUAGUUGAUCACACCGAGAUUUGGCUUAUGAAGUCUGUAUGAAUGUUUCGGGUUGGCCUGGUCUAUGAUUAUCUUCCGGUGCUUCCAGCUCUCAUUCGGCCUGUAUUUCAGAUAUAGGCAUUCUGUCCUACUUCCAUGUAUUUCAUGUAUCUGGCAAUGGUUCCAGAUAUUUCAUUAUCGUUCCAUUUCUUUUGCAUGAUUCGUCUAUUCUCUGCGGUGGCUCCAUAAUUUUUGAGGUGUAACUGCAUCAGUUAGCUAUGUGGGUUGUGUUUUCAGAUCAUAAAUUAUUAACGAAAAGAUUAUUUCUUACUUAUCAGGUCGGAUCAAGACAAUGGCGGUAUUAUGAUUUUGGUCCAAAGUCGGUGCCUCCACUCAUUUGUAUCCCUGGGAUAGCAGGAACCGCUGAUGUUUACUACAAACAGAUUAUGUCACUCUCCAUGAAGGUGGUUAUCUGAUGACUACAUGUGAUUGAUUACCUCUUCAGAUGUGCUUCAUCGUCAGUGCAUACUUGUCUUAUGAAAUGUAUGGUAACAAAUAGUUCUGGAAAGUUAAUGAAGAAUGUUAUUUUUAUUAAAGCAUUCCUUGCAAAAAAAAAUUGGAUUCAGGGGGACAUGGUACGGGACUGACUGAUCUUGAUUUGAAGCACCUGAUUCGAUUUUUUUGUCUUUUAAGAGGGGGUAUCCAGUCCCUUCCCGAGCACGGAAGAAACAGCAAAAUCUGGUUUAACCGACAAUGGUUCAUCUUAACUGAUCUAAAGUUGACCAAUUCCAGAGAUAUUGGAUAUUUUCCAGUGGAUCUGAUGCUAUCAGUGAGUUUUCAACAACUCUGCUGAUUGGAGGAAGAUAAAGAAGAGGAAUUUGUCUGUGUUUUGACAUUUUCAGAUGAAAAGUGUCUAUUCUACUGCAAAAAAAAAAAGAUUUGUAGAAGCUGUUCCUAGAGAAAAAGUUCGAAGCAAAAAAGAUUUAUUUAAUAAGAGGAUUAACAAAAAGGGUGAUGAUGACAGGCCUGUCUUUAUCUUGUGAUUUUUUUUAUACUGAAAUGUCUUAUUUCCCAUUUCUGGCUAAUGAAUGAAUUUACAUCCUGAAAUCCUUUUCAGGGUUAUCGAGUCGUUUCAGUUGACAUUCCUCGUGUCUGGAAUCAUCACGAAUGGAUUCAAGCAUUUGAGAAGUUUUUGGAUGCAAUUAACGUACAUCAUGUAAGAAAUCUGCUCAUCUUAUAUUGUCUCUUUUAUGGAAUAUACUCAUAUGAGAUCAUUUGAAGUUUUCAUAUCUUUUUUUUUAGGUGAUAAACCUACGAUUAUUAUAUUUACGAAUAUAAUCUUCAUGUUUUGACUUCUUGGAGAUCGGCAUGUCUCAUAUAAGUUCCUUUUGCAGGUACAUCUCUAUGGCACUUCUCUUGGAGGCUUCCUAGCACAGAUUUUUGCUCAACAUCGUCCUAGACGUGUUAAAUCAUUAGUUCUCUCAAAUUCUUUCUUGGACUCAAACAACUUUUCAGCUGCGAUGCCAUGGUCACCCAUGUACGAAUGAUCCUUUUUAUUAUUGUGUCAUUUAUAUGCAUGGAACUAUGAUUGGAAAACCUUCUACCACGACAAUUCCUGUUCCAAUUUGUUAUAGAUAUUGGAGAUUGGUCACAUAUUUUUGCCUGUCUGUGACUUUGAAACCAUGUCAAUUUUCAUAGUUAUGGUUACUUAAGAGAGUUGUUCUUACAACCUUUAUUUAUAUGCAUUAGUCAUGCAUUUCAGUGAUUCCAGAGUAUGCGUCUUCAUUUACUAUAUCCUUACCUUCCAGAAUUCAUUAUAUCCUUUCAGUGAUGACUGGAUGACUUAUUCUUUCCCCUUGCCAUUUCAUCUUCAAUCUAUUCGGUGGUAAAACACUUUAAAUAAUGUCACGGCGAUUUGUGUGGAUUCUUGGGGGUCUGGCUUCACGAAAACAGAGUUAUGUGAGGAAUAAUCUAAGCAUAAUUUGAAUGAAUGCAGUUUUCCUUAGCUCCUGACAUCAGAUGAGUUUUGCAACCGGAGGCUGGCAUAGAGAAAAGAGUAACCCAUAAAAAAAUUCUUUCAACUUCCGAGUGGAUCUGUUGACUCUAAUUUUGUGGUCAGUUAUUUUUAGAUUUUUUUGUCCUCCUACAUAUUUGCUUCAUAAUGGUGAAAGAAAUCAUAUUGACUAUCCUUAGCAUUACUGCAAGGACAGUCAUAAGUGUCCAAUUUCAGAAAGAAGUGCUCGCGAUCUACUACUUUUGUGCGAACUAAAGUACAUAAAAAAGCCUCAAAUAAUAUGUGCUGAAUACAGAGGCUCCCAAUGAUGUAUAGAUAGCCCUUAUUAUUAAAUGCUAUUGACCAUUCCCGUUAUGUAUAUGCUUAUUGAAUAGCUUUUGCUCUUGAUAUGUGCCUGAAGUUAUUUUCCAACGCUUUUUUGCCUGUGUUGCAGUGUUAGUUGGACCCCGUCCUUUCUGCUGAAGCGGUAUAUCUUGUCAGGGAUUCAUGAUGGUCCACACGAACCAUUUAUUGCUGACGCUGUAGACUUCGUUGUUGGCCAGGUUGGGACAAAGCUUAUGCUUAUAAUAUCUUUAUUGGUGUUUUUAUGGCACUGAUAGCCAAAAAUUUAUGGAUAAUCCCACGUUUUUUGGCUGUUUUUCUUGCUUAUCCGGUCAAUGCGUCUUUCAAGCAGUGAAAAGUGUACCUGACUUCAUUUCUUAAGAUUUUAUGCGUAAUUUUCAAAUUUAUGCGGUUUUAAUGACUAGAGAGCAUUAUUGUCCAUAUAUUUUCAUAAAGUUUAUAUAAUAUUAGUUUUUAUUUCUAUUAGUAUGAACCCUAAAACAAAUCAGAAAUUUGUGCACUGCCAUAAGAUUGCGUCAUAGUUGGUUCAGUCUUUACCAUAUUGGUACUCUGAAAAAUCAAUUCCCACAUUUAUGUCAUUAGGAGUAAUCAUACUAGUCUGAUCAGUUGUCAAAAUAUUAAAAGUUAGAUACAUUUUAAAAAAAUUAAAUUAUCUAUAUAUAUUUAAAUACAUCGUAUCAAUGAAAGACAUUUAUUUAAAGGCUGAGUUUCAUACAAUUUUUUAAAGGCUUACUCAUGUUCUUCUUAACUGCUCCUACAAACUCGAAGUGUAAAAGUAGCAUUCAUCGACUACUGCAACUUGUACAAUAUUUCGUGAGUUCAUGCAAAUCGUGUUUAUCGGCUUGAAACAUUCUCAAUAUAUUCUGUCUCUCAUAUGCAUCCAAUGAUGGGAUGGCUGCUUAAAAUCAUAUGGGUGGGGAACAAGAGGCAGAUUGACUGAAGAUAGAGAGUUGUACAGGUUAGGACCGAGCUUGUCAAAUCAACAGUUUGUAUACGAGAUGGAAGAUCAAUAUUGUCUGACCAGGGAUUUCAUAUUGAUUUGUUUUUCUGUGCUGGUAUUAAUAAUCUACGAGAUUGUAUUGACCUCUCUAACUGACCCCACUUGGUGAUCUGAUCUAGAUAGUCCACUAUGUGAAUUGGCUUCAUCAUCGCAUCCCGUCUCAACUCCUGGCUGAUUUUUCUGUUAUUGGUUUGAUAAAGGUCAACUUGUCUACCACCUCAUGAAUGAAACCUUGGCGAAUCAAUCCAAGUAUACAUAUAUUUUACUGACUACUUUUUUUUUUUGCAAUCGUUUUAUACUACAUCUGCGGAGUAUAUAUAGCUCAAACUCAUGAGCUUUGGCUUCCCAGAGCAAGUCUAGCAUGCGAUUUCUCCCUGAUUGAAGAAUUCUUCCCUUCUCUGCUUCAAUUAACAAAGCAUACCCUCUUUACAUUGCCAUCAAGCAAGCCUUCAGAUUUUAACUGCUCUUCAGCUCCUUUGAAACAGAUUGAGACGCUGUCAAGGGAUGAUCUGUCCUCGAGGUUGACUUUGAACGCAGCCCCUGCAUCAGUUGGCUCUCUCUUACUCUCGGAUUCUUUCGUCACAUUAAUGGAUGUAAGUAGAACAUACUGACUGUCGAUAAAUUAUUUUUUCUUGUGCGCACAAUGGAUAAAUCUUACAUAACCGGCAUCUCUAAAUCUCUAAACCCUGAAGAUCACGGUUCAACACUUUCAACCCAUAAUUGGGCUCAUUCUUCUUGUGCCGGACAUUACAACCCAUACCACUUUCAGCAUCAUCGCUCUAAAUGUUUUGAUUGCCCGUUUUUCUUCCAUUUUUUAUCAAAUCAUGUAAAGAAUAUAUGGUAUCUGAAAUUCCCCGGUUCCAUAUCCCUUUCCACUACCGUGCUGCUAGAAUAGCUAUGGAUCAUCAAGUACUCUACAGACCUCCCCUUAUCAAGGAACCUUGUUAAGUAUUUUAGCACGAUAUAUUUGCCUUCAUGAUCUACUAGACCAAGGAGAAAAAUAGCUCAUAUGCGCAUUCAUUAAUUUAAGGGGAUACCAUAAGAAACAUAAUUAUUUUGGUAUGAUUUACAUGCUCUUAUGGUCUACUUUUCUACAUAGAAAAUUGCUUAUGACUUCAUUAAUAUGAAGGAAAGUCAUGUGGAACAUCAAUAUUUUAUCAUGAGUGGCGGCGCAUUCAUUGUUCAUAAGUUGCAUUAAUUUCGUGGCAUAUCGUAUGAAACAUAAAAUAAAUUACAGCAUUUAACUUAUUAAUCUGAGGGGAUUCCAUAUGAAAUAUACAUGUUAUAUAGCACAAUAUGUCAGUCUACGUGGUCUGCUUGAAUAAGUAGAAAUUUCUUCUUGAAUGCAUGAUUUUGAGGGAAAACAUUCCACCUUCAGAAUUAAGCUUCAUACAUUCCAUUUUUUUAUGAACUUUCCAUUUAUAUUCUGGGAGAGCCUUGCUUCUCGCAGACGAACGACUACUGCGCCGUGCCGCAGCCGCUGAAAGAUCAAGUCGGCGAGCGCUACCCGGGGGCCAGACGGGCGAUUCUCAAGUCUGGCGGUGACUUCCCCUUCCUCUCGCGGCCAGACGAGGUCAAUCUAUACCUCCAGGUACCAUGAAUUCCUCCCAAAAGGGGAAAUUCUCACCCCACCUCAGAGCCUCCUAGCAAUUCACGACGAGAAACUCGCAGCUGCAUCUGAGGCGGGUCGGAGUCGAGCCCAAGCCAGACUUGCUCCAAGGCGCCGCCCCCCACGGUGACGCCGCUGGCAGCUCCGACAAUGGGAAGAAGAGCAGGGACGACUCCGGCGGCCCUUCAUCAGACAGUGGAGGACCCAGAACUCGCCAGGAAGGCUCAGGCUCACACCAGCUGCCGCUGUCGGAGGGAAGUAGUUCUGGUGAUCACCUCCUCCACCAUGUCCAGGCCGCGGCGAUCACCGCCGUUCUGUCGCUGCAGCUCUGGGCCUUGUCCCUGUUCAUAAUUCGGGUAGCAGCCCCGCUGAAGAUCUAG